CUUCAUUACCCUGCCGGUCCCGUUAUGUUGACACAAUUCGCAAGUUAUUAAAUUCCGAGUCCGUUAUCAAAAUACGUGUCAGUAGUGUGUUUGAUACAGAUACUGUUAUUCGGUCAUAUUCCAAUAAUCAUCUCGGCAUUGUUAGACACAUUAAUUAUUUGAGCAGUUCGAGUUGUCUUAGGCAAUUGGAAAAAGUCAAGAUGCCGGAGAAGAAAGCCUUCGAACGUUUGCCGAAAACGGUGCUGCCGAAACAUUAUUAUCUGGAAUUGAAGCCCGACUUGAAAGCCUUCACUUUUACGGGAAAGACCAAGAUCGAUUUAGAGGUUGCUUCUACUACAAACUCGAUUAAGCUAAACAGUGCCGAGCUUGAUUUGAAAACAGCAGAGCUGGUUUUGGAGAAUGGAAAAACAGUAGUGCCCAAAAUCAGUUACGUUGUUGAAGAUGAAACUGCCACCUUCACAUUUCCUGAUGUUUUAUCUACUGGAAAAGCCACCUUGAACAUUGAAUUCACCGGUGAAUUGAAUGAUAAACUAAGAGGAUUCUAUAGGAGUAAAUAUGCUGGAAAGGAUGGACAGACAAGUUAUGCUGCUGUUACACAGUUUGAGGCUACUGACGCAAGAAGGUGUUUCCCCUGUUGGGACGAGCCAGCUCACAAAGCAACCUUUGACAUAACUCUGACAGUGCCAAAGAGUCUUGUGGCUUUGUCCAACAUGACGGUGAAGAACGAGAAAGUAGAAGGUGAUCACCGGGUUGUACAAUUCAACACAACACCUGUCAUGUCCACAUAUCUGGUCGCUGUAGUUGUUGGAGAGUACGAUUACAUUGAAGAUACAUCUGAAGACGGUGUUUUGGUCAGAGUUUAUACGCCUGUUGGUAAACAGGAACAAGGUCGAUAUGCUCUAGAAGUGGCAACCAAAGUCCUCCCCUACUACAAAGACUACUUCCAAAUUGCUUACCCGCUUCCCAAAAUCGAUCUAAUUGCCAUUGCUGACUUUUCGGCUGGUGCUAUGGAGAAUUGGGGUCUUGUUACAUAUAGAGAGACUGCAAUUUUGAUUGAUCCCAAAAAUUCAUCUGCACAAACCAAACAGUGGGUUGCUCUGACGGUCGGUCAUGAAAUUGCUCACCAAUGGUUUGGUAACCUGGUUACCAUGGAGUGGUGGUCUGAUUUGUGGCUAAAUGAAGGUUAUGCAUCGUUCGUAGAAUUCUUAUGUGUCAACCACAUCUUUCCUGAUUACGAUAUCUGGACGCAAUUUGUUACUGAAACAUUGAUCUCUGCACUCGAUUUGGACUCUCUUGCCAGCUCGCACGCUAUUGAGGUGCCUGUCGGUCAUCCAUCAGAAGUUGAUGAGAUCUUCGACGAGAUCUCCUACAGCAAAGGCGCUUCCGUGAUUAGAAUGUUGCACAACUAUAUGGGUGAUGAAGAUUUCAGAAAGGGCAUGAAUAUUUAUUUGACCAAGAAUCAGUACAAGAACACAUUUACAAAAGAUUUGUGGACGGCUUUGGAACAAGCCAGUGGAAAACCUAUUGGUGCUGUGAUGUCUACAUGGACGCAGCAAGUUGGCUUCCCAAUGGUGUCGGUUACAGCUAAACAGGAAGGUUUCAACCGUGUUCUGACAUUGACACAAGAAAAAUUCUGUGCUGAUGGCAGAAAGGACGAUAAGAAUACCCAAUGGAUGGUUCCCAUCACUGUAUCUACCUCAAAAAAUCCUAAACAGGUGGCUUUAUCAACAAUGCUGGAUACUCCUUCGACGACCCUGACAAUACCCAAUACUGCUGAAGGCGAAUGGGUCAAAAUCAAUUCAGGAACCGUGGGAUACUACCGAGUUAAAUACACACCGGAAAUGUUGAGACAAUUAGAACCAGCUAUCAGAAGUGGUGCCUUACCACCCUUGGACAGAUUGGGACUUCUGGAUGAUCUGUUUGCAAUGGUUAAGGCUGGACACUGUUCUACAGUACAGGUGCUGCAACUGUUGGAGGCCUUCACAGAAGAGACCAAUUACACGGUGUGGUCUUCAGUCACUCAUGUUGUGUUGGCCCUGUCCGGUCUGAUGUCCCAUACAGAUCUUCGAGAUGCUUUCGAUGCCUACGCUUUGAGAGUCUAUAAGCAGAUUUCGCGCAAAGUCUCAUGGGAGGGCGUCAAAGGCGAGAGUCAUCUCGAUACUUUGCUCAGGAGUUUGGUUUUGAACAGACUGGUUGCGUUGAAUGAUGAUGGCACGGUUAAGGAAGCCAAAACAAGAUUUGAAAACUAUCUAUCUUCCAAAGCCCCCUUGGUGGCGGAUCUCCGCAACGUGUGUUACCGGGCAGUGCUCCAAGACGCCGACGAAAAAACCUUCAAUAACAUGCUUGCAGAAUACCGCAAAGCUGAUUUGCACGAGGAAAAAGUUAGAAUCCUGCGAGCUUUGGGCGUGAUCAAAAACCCAGAACUUUUAUCCAAAGUAUUACAGUUCAGUUUGUCUGAAGAGGUCAGAACUCAGGACACUGUCUUUGUCGUUAUCUCAGUAGCCUCAAACCCAGCAGGCCGAGAGCUGGCAUGGAAGUUCUUCCAAGAUAACUUUAAACUCCUAAACGAACGCUACAGCGGCGGUUUUCUGUUAACAAGGCUCGUGAAAUAUUGUACAGAUGGUUUUGCUUGUACAAAGAAGGCUGAGGUUAUCGAGCAGUUCUUCAAGGAGCACCCCGUUCCCGGUGCUGAGAGGACGGUGCAACAGUCCAUCGAGACUAUUCAUUUAACUGCAGGCUGGUUGAAACGUGAUGUUCCUGCAAUAAGAGAGUUUUUGAAGACGCAUUAAUAAACGAUGUAAGAUGUUUUUUUAUUCUUAGCGAUAAUAAUAAUUAGUAUUAAAUUGUUUAUUGUAAGUACACAAAUUACCAUCAAGUACAAUAUAGAAAUGUUUAUAUGUUGUUCGUUUUCUAACAAUUCAAAGUGCAUUUACUGCUGUUUGAGCUGUGAUGUUUUAUAGAGCCAAAAAGAAAUUUAAAACAAAUUCUCAUGAUUAUUAUUUUUUAUACUGUGGGAUGGAUCACAUCUUGU